CAUGUGUCUGGCUCCCUGGCUGGCCUUGAACUUGCUAAGUAGUAGAAGAUGACCUUGAACUUCUGACGUUCCUACCUCCACCUCCUGAGUCUAGCCGCCAGUGUGCNAGCAGGUGCCCAGAGCAGAGCCACCCACCACAGUCCUACGACACUCUUUCCUUCAUGCAGUAGUUCAAGUCCUUGGAAAUUAGAAGGAUGGGAGCUGCGCGAGGAACAGAGUGCUGAGACCACACAGACACUGCUCAUUGUGUUCACAGAAGGACAGACNCCACGGUGCACCCGUGUGGGCUGGUCUGGCCUUGCCCGGCCUUUCCACUGUCAGGACCAUGGUAUCUACCAGACUUGUCUUGGCAAGGACUUGCACUGUGUUUGAGGGUGUUUUGAAAUGGGCUCCAUCCACAUGUGCUGUCCUCAGGCCUAGCCAGCUUCUUCUGCAAGCAUCAUGCAGAUUGCUCUCUGUGGGCAUCAUAGACCACGCUAAGCACCGGGAGCCUUCUGGGAAGAAGGUUCUGUCAGAGAAGAAACUGAAAAGGCAUUUCGUGGAUCACCGAAGAGUGCUGGUCCGUGGAGGAAGUGGGGGCUCUGGCAUGAGCUGCUUCCACAGUGAGCCCCGCAAAGAGUUUGGAGGCCCUGAUGGUGGGGAUGGAGGAAAUGGUGGACACAUCAUCCUGAGAGUUGACCAGCAAGUCAAGUCCUUGUCCUCAGUCUUAUCCCAGUAUCAGGGCUUCAGUGGAGAAGAUGGUGGCAGUAAAAACUGCUCUGGACGAGGUGGUGCCACCCUGUACGUCCAGGUCCCUAUGGGUACCUUGGUGAAAGAAGGAGACAAGAUCGUGGCUGACCUCUCUAACCUGGGAGACGAGUACGUGGCUGCUCUCGGGGGUGCAGGAGGAAAAGGCAAUCGUUUCUUCCUGGCCAACGACAACCGUGCCCCUGUAACUUGCACCCCUGGACAACCGGGUCAGGAGCGGGUCCUCUACUUGGAACUCAAGACCAUGGCUCACGCUGGGAUGGUUGGCUUCCCAAAUGCUGGGAAAUCCUCUCUCCUUCGAGCCAUUUCAAAUGCAAAACCUGCUGUAGCUUCCUACCCGUUCACCACCUUGAACCCUCACGUGGGGAUCGUUCACUAUGAAGGCCACCAACAGGUAGCAGUGGCAGACAUCCCAGGCAUCAUCCGAGGUGCGCACCAGAACAAGGGCCUGGGCCUCAGCUUCCUCAGGCACAUCGAGCGUUGUCGCUUCUUCCUGUUUGUGGUAGAUCUUACCUUGCCUGAGCCGUGGACUCAGGUUGAUGAUUUAAAAUAUGAACUAGAGAAGUUUGAAGAAGGCCUGUCAGAGAGGCCCCACGUGAUCAUUGCAAAUAAGAUCGAUCUCCCGCAGGCCAGAGCCCGCCUGCCUCAGCUGCAGGCCCGCCUCGGACAGGAGGCCAUAGCCCUGUCGGCGCUGACUGGGGAGAACCUGGAGCAGCUGCUUCUGCACCUGAAGGAGCUUCAUGAUGCCCACAUAGAGGCCGAGCUGGAGCAGGGCCGCCAGCCUCUCAGGUGGUAGUGGGCAGAGGGCUGUGCCCCAGGGCCAGCGUGGAACAGGGGGGUGGGCCAUCAGUCACAGGAAGCAAAAGCAACCUUUUGUAAGCUGCGGGCCACUUUGAACUCCCGAGACUAAGUACUUGCAAAUAUA